AUGGCAAAUAAAGCCAAACAGUUAGUGGGCCAUAAAUUAUGCAAUAAUGUUAGUCUUGACGAUGGUUUUGUGACAUCUCAUGGAUCAUUUGGAAAAUGUGCUGAAUGUCAACAAUUGCGAAGGUCAACGACGGAAAUCAAUGGAGAGCGAUAUUGUAAGAUUUGCUUUUUGAAGCAUCCCCCAGGAAAGAAAAUUGCUGUGUUCGAAGAGACAAACGCCAAAUUCAGAUGUUACAAAAAAUGUGGGGCGAAUCAACUUUCCUGGAGAGAUUUCUUUAUUGGAUCAUGUUGUGAAGAUGCCGCUUCCUGGAUCGACUCCAAAUUCAAAUACGAUAUUCUUGCUGCUGUUAAUCAAAUUUAUGAGGAAUUGCUCGAAGAAGAAAAAGCUCAAAAAAAUAAACGGGAGCGUGCUCAUAAGAAAGUAGAAGAUUUGAAAAAACAACUUGAGAUGGCGGAAAAUGACGCCGUCGAUGCCGAUCAAGAAUUGGAGUGCGUUAAAGUCUUUCGAAGAAAAGUUCAAAAGCGAUCCUUGUUCCUGACUAAAGAGACGAUGAAGGACGAUAAUCCUGAUUUAGAUACCACUGAUGAAGUAAAGCUGGUUCCCGAAGAGAAAGAAGUAAACGAAAAGUUGAGAUGCAAAGUUUGCUUCGAAACUUACGACGAAGAGCACCCUCAAGCAGCUGUUAUUCCAUGCGGUCACAAAGCCUGCCUCAACUGCCUCUCUUCUCUUCCUCAGAAGAACUGCCCAACAUGCCGAGCUGAAUUCACUGACGACAAGAUCUUCAAGCUCUUUGACUAA